AUGGGGGAGAUGUCAUUUCCGCUCCUGGAGAACAAGAUCAAGGUGCUCCCGCAUUCCUGCUUCAUCUGCAGCAAGGCCUUCGUGCGGAAGAACACCCUGCUGAAGCACUACCGGGAGCACACCAAGGAGCUGGGGCCCGACCUAGAGCACCUGGAAGAGCAGCGGGCCAGGUACCUGGAGCGGAAGAACGGCACCCACGUCCCUGAGGAAGAAGAGCUGCAUCAGCAGCAGCAACAGCAGCCGACCCACAUCCUGCCUGAUCAGCAGCAGGAUGCCGACCACAACGUGAUCCAGAACCUGGACUCGAACGACAUCAUCAUCACCACGCUGUACUCCAACAACGUCAUGGUGCAGGCCAUCGAUCCCAUCAGCAUCGUGCAGUGCCUGGAUCCGGGCAACAUCGUCCAGAACCUCUCCCCGGAGGCGUUCCCGCUGCUGGACGCGGCGCACGAGUGCGGGGAGUGCAAGGCCAGCUUCUCCUCGGCCGAGGCGCUGCGCCGCCACUCCCUCAUCCACGACAGGCACCAGACGUUUUCCUGUGACACCUGCUGCGCCGUCUUCCCUUCCAAGAACGAGCUCCGGACGCACGACGCCAUCCACCGGCGGCACACCUGCGCGGACUGCGACGGGAGCUUCGAGACCCGGGGCGAGCUGGAGCGUCACCGGCUCUCGCACAAGGGCAACCCGGGCAGCUACGUGUGCGACGUCUGCUUCAACGACUUCGCGAGCAAGAAGUCGCUCAAGGUCCACGCCCGCGUCCACAAGCUGGAGUCCCAGACCCGGGAGAAGUACAUCUGCGAGUUCUGCGCCGAGAUGUUCGAGGAGGAGAGCGACCUCAAGCUGCACUACCUGUCGCAUCCCGAGGAGCGGCCGUUCGUCUGCGAAGUGUGCAAUGACAGUUUCGCCGACUGCGGUGCAUACGAGAAGCACCGGCUGAAACAUGCGGGACCCGAGCAUGAGUUCUGUUGCCCGCUGUGCGACGAAUACCUCGCCACCGAACGGGAGCUCCAUCUCCACAAGCUCGGCCACGACUUCAGCAGGAAGACGAACAACUCGUGCGACGUGUGCAGUAAGAAGUUCAAGAGCAAGGCGGACUACGACAAGCACAAGGAGAUGCACAUGAAGCAAAAGAUAUUCGUGUGCAGCGUCUGCGACGACGCCUUCCGGGAGAAGUCCGAGUAUGAGAAGCACAAGAGGAAGCACCUGAAGCGGGGAAGGGGAAAAAAGGGCGAGGACGUGGUCUGCGAGAUAUGCGACGAAAGCGUCGCGUCCGACGAGUACGAGAACCACCUGUUCAUGCACGGGGAGGGCAAGACGCACACUUGCCGGAUCUGCAGCGAGACCUUCAUGUUCAAGGACGACUUGGCCCAGCACACGCGGACUGCACACGUCGCGGACCGACCCUUCUCCUGCAAUAUCUGCGACGAGAGUUUCCGGUUCAAGAGCGACCUGCGCGAACACAGGCAGGUUCACGGCCGAAAGAAGCCGAACCGCGUCGAAGAAUACGAGAUCUCCAAGCCUAAGAGGAAACCUCGCUCGCGCAAGUCGUCCGCUGUCGAGGAAGACUCCUUUUCCCAAGGAAGACUUCCAGACCAGAUCCUCGAGUUAGCGGCGUCAUGCCGUCACUGCCGCUCGGAGUUCGGCUCCAAGGCGGAGCUCUCGGAGCACGCCGACUCGUGCCCCAAGGGGAGGCCACACCUGUGCAAGAACUGCGACCGGCGUUUCCGGUCAAAGGAAGAACUGCUGGUGCACAAGAAGGUGCACAGCAGGCGGCAGCCAUUCAUCUGCAAGGUGUGCAACGAGGGCUUCCGGUGUCGGGAGGCGCUGGAGGAGCACGGCGCGACGCACGACACGAGUCCCACCUUCCCUUGCAAUAUCUGCGAGGCGGUUUUCCCGACGCGGGAGGCGCUACGGGAGCACAAGCAGGGGGACCACAGCGGCGAGAUCGCCUACAUUUGCAGCGUGUGCGAGGCCACCUUCGAGGAGAAGGCAGAGUUCCGGGCGCACCGGGCCACGCACGGCGUCAUCCCGCACCAGUGCAAGGUGUGCGGGGAGACCUUCGGCGAGCGGAGGGAACUGAAGCGCCACUACCUGAAGCACAUACUGGAGCGGCCCAACUUGUGCCGCAUCUGCAAUGCCCCCUUCGUGCAGUGGGCCGCACUCCGCAGCCACUACCUCGGCCACACCCGCAACUGAGCCGCAAGAUGCCAUUCCGGCGGAGUUUAAAUGUCAUUCCUGGAAAUGUGGCAGUCGGCAUGCGUUGCCCGGCAGAAACUUACGCUCGAAGCAGGG